AAAAAUUAUCAAAAAUAAAUGGAAAAAGGAGCAGAAAUUUUGCAAGGAAGGAAGAAAGAUAUAUCUAUAGUUGCAGAAGACCAGAACUGGAGGUCUUAUAUUGAUAAUGAACUCAAGUGAGCAGAGAUCUGGCAGAAGGAUUGGGGAUUUUUGGCUGAUAAAGGCGAUGGUGCUAGGCCUGAUAAGGAGUUGACCAAAGAAGAUAAAAUUAGACAGCUUGAGGAAGAACUAGCUGAUAUGAAUAGAAAGAAAGGUAAACUUGAGACCACCAACCUUACCUACGGUGGUGGCGGUGACGACUUGGAAAAAUUUAGACUAACUCAUAUUCAUAAAAGGAAAAAUGUUGAACUCCAACCAGUUCCAAGAAGGCCAAAGAAAGGUUAA